CCCGAAGACAUUGCUCUCAUUUUCCCGCUUGGUUUUCGCUUGGGGUUGUUUGGCUGUGCAAUGCGGUGCCAGAUGGUUGCAUUUUUUUGUGUCGGUUCCGCCCGGAAAUCGAUUGAUGUUGCAUACUGCUCCGUGCAAAGAUUUGAUUACGCAACACCUUUGGCAAUUUCUUUGCGCUGCACUCGUGCUCUGGCUGUUCAUCUUGUACCAUGGUGGAAGAAGAUCUGGUUUUCGUCUUCAAAUUUAGGAGAAGCUUAGCGGUUUCCGUAACGAUUCUCAGUUGCAAUGCUGUUAAAAAUGGCUCAAGGUUUUGGCGGAUUCGUGGGUCCAUGCCAUAUUGGUUCCUCAGUUCUUGCAUUUGGGCGAGAAGGCGCAAUCUCAAGAGUUUGGUGGGGCUGACUUCAAUAUAGUUCAGGGAAUUAUUUGAGCUUGUCUUGUGAUUAUGGACCUCGGCAAUCUUGAUGUUAUUAAUGCAUUCAGUUAUUGCAGCAACCGUACGUGCAAGGGGGACACAAUUUCGAUUUUACUUUGGAGGAUCAAAUGCAACCAGGGGUAGAUAGAUUAUAAUAUACUGCUAUUAUUUUAGUGAAAAAUAAAGAUAUACUGUAAUACAUUAUGGAGUAGCCAAUUACUCGCUCCGUAUAAAAAUACACGACACUUUUUGACACUAUCAUGGUGUCAAAAAACGUCUUAUAUUUUGAUACCGAGGGAGUACCAAAUAAGAAUGUUCGCACCUUAUGUAAGUCAUAAAAUGGCUUCUUGUCAUGUGUUGUAUGAAGGAUUGAAGUUGAUUUUGUACAUACAAUAAGCUGCUGUAGCCGCAUAGGAUCACCUCACCGCUCUGUACAGGUAGACAUAAAUUCUAUUUAAUUCUGGAUGCUCGGCUGAUAAGAAUGAAUGGGAGGUAAUAUCUGCUGAAAGUGGUCCUUGGUUCCAUUUAUUCGCUCGAUUCAUGGGAGCAGGGUGUGUUGUUUUUAAUGCAUUAUUUCUCAGGAUGGGCUCAAUCUGGAUUUCCUCUAGAAAACUUUAUAUUAUCUGACAGUCCAACAACGUUUGUAACUUUGUCUUAUGAAUUCUGUGAACAAAGAAAAGGUGAUGUCAGUGAAGUGGUUCGUGUGGAAAAAAGAUGCAGCAAAUUCUUUGUGCUACUACAGCUGGAAUGAGCUUAGCAAGUUCUUCAUUACUAGCCCCAUUCUGGACCUUACAAUAGUCGGGCUCGAUGUCGUGGAUGAAGGUUCAGAUUCGCAUGGGCAACAACCUCAUUUCCUGAAAACCUGCUUGAACCCCAGCUUGGAUCUUGGCAGUACAGUUUUGCUCCUGGGCCACACAAACAGAAGAGAUUUGGCAGUAGGUGAGGGGAAGGUUGUCAUAGCAACUGACAACCUUAUAAAGUUCUCAACUGAUGAAGUCUCAUGGCAUCCUGGAUCUGCUGGUUUUGAUAUGAACGGGAAUCUAGCUUUUAUGGUCUGUGAUCCGAUGAAGCUUGCACCUUCUACACCUACAGGGUAUGCUUCUGCAUCAUCAACUGCACUCCUUGCAUCAAAGAUGGAUGUGCCAACACAAUUUGGGAUCCCCAUCCCUGCAGUAUGCGAAUGGUUAAAACAGCACUGGAGUGGUGGCUUGGAAGAUGUUAGCAAGCCAAUGAUGCCCCCUGCACGAUUAAUAUCUGCUGGACAACGAAGUGAACCUUCUUCUCUGAGUCAUCUUCAUUGUAUUAAGACCACCGAGCGAGAGGGUGGGGCAUUGUCAUCAUCACAGAUGCCAGCAAGACCAACACGGCAGCAUGGGUCAUGCAGUUCAGCAUCUGCCAAGAUUUCAUAUGGUGAAAAUGAUUCUGUUAAUUCACACUCCUUUCAAGGCCAACGAGAUCCAGCUUCACAGAUGCCCAGACCUAAGGAGCAACCUGGUUCGGUCAUGGAUAGCUUUCCUCCUGGGCAUCCAAGAUCUAUUUUCUUACCGCUUCCUCUAAAGCAAAUGAUGCCUGUCGAUAAUAAGAUCAAACCGAACUGCUCAGUUUCAGAUGAAUCACGGGUAGCUAAUGCGAGAAUCAACUGCGAUGCUAUGCACAAUGUUGCUUACCAGGAAAACUGCUGGAAUGAGGCGCAGUCAAGUUCUUCACCACCGGCAAUAUCAGAACAAGGAGACAAGAGGGACGGCUUCAGCAGUGGGGAGGAGACAAUGUACUCCGCGGAAACUAUGGAAAGCAGAAACAUUCCGAGUCCAAAGGACAAGAGGCCCCAGAUAGUUGGCCGAUCACAGAGUUUUGCAAACCAUAGCAAAUGGGAUUCACCUAAAAGUGUUGAAUCUUCGAAAGGGCCGCCCUCAAGGUCGCAUACAUUCAUUCCUUUGAGAAAACCACACUUGCAAGCUGCAUCAAUUUCACAGAAAAGCCAGGUUUAUUUCAGCCCUACGGUCUCCUCCAACAUGAAAAAGAGGAACCUGUCUCAGAUUCCCAUGAAACCUCGUCAAAGUGCUCAGGUCACCUCCAAGUGGAUUACCUGAUAGGAUCCCCGUUUCUUGUCUCCAGAUCAUACAAAGAUAUCACAUUAUUCGGUUUAGUCAGUUCCACUCAACAUCUCCAUUUUGCUGUAGUCGUGUUCUGUAAAUGUAUACUAGCUGUAAACCACGCGCCGAUGAUUCUUUGUGCUUAACAUUAGCUAGCAUAUUCCCAUCUUUUUUAUGCUUACUCUGUAGGGUAAAACCUAAAACGAAUUAUCACCAGAAAUAUAGCCUUCUUGGUUUCAGUCAGGUACGCUGUUGAGUGUUGAGGAUGCUGAGGCGAAGACCAAGAUUCUGUGCAGGGAGCGAUGUUCAGGAAUGCUUUGCCACAGGCAAUCAGACCUGUAUUAUCACCCACAUUGUUAUCCUGUCAGCCGAAUAAGCGAACGGCUCCAUGUUUUCUAAAACCAA